AUGCCGCGUUCCAUUGGGCCCUGGCCCAGGGGCGGGGUCGGCGGGCGGGGUCGCUCGGCUGCCCGGUGCGCAGGCGCCCCGUCGGCUUGGGGGCGGGGCCGGGGCCGGGGCCGGAGAGGAGGCGGCUGGAGAAGCUGCUGGCGGCGGAGGCAGAGGAGCUCGGGAGGAGGGUGUCGGCUUGCUCGACUGCAGGGAGGCUGGCCCUUUGGUGCGAGGCCGAUCAGGGGACCGACCGCGCCCAUGACGUUCAAACGGAGCCGCGGGGACCGCUUUUAUAGCACUUGGUGCUGCGGCUGCUGCCAUGUCCGCACCGGAACCAUCAUCCUGGGGACCUGGUACAUGGUGGUAAAUCUGUUGGUGGGAAUCCUGCUGACCGUGGAGGUGACUCACCCCAGUGCAGUGGUCACUGUCAAUCUCCAGUAUGAAGUCAUUGGGAAUUACUAUUCCUCAGAAAGGAUGGCCGAAAACGCCUGCGUCCUCUUUGCCUUCUCGCUGCUCAUGUUCACAAUCAGCGCCAUGAUGGUCUACGGAGCCGCUGCCCAUCGUGUGGGCUGGCUGAUUCCGUUCCUGUGCUACCGGCUUUUUGACUUUGUCCUCAGCUGCCUGGUCGCCAUCAGCUCGCUCACUUAUUUGCCGAAAAUCAAAGAUUACCUGGAUCAGCUCCCUGCUUUCCCCUACAAGGACGACCUGCUUGCGCUGGACUCCAGCUGCCUUCUCUUCCUGAUCCUCGUCUUUUUCACAUUGUUCAUCAUUUUUAAGGCUUAUCUCAUCAAUUGUGUCUGGAAUUGCUACAAGUACAUCAGCAACAGAAACCUGCCUGAGAUUGCUGUGUACCCAGCCUUCGAGGCUCCUCCACAGUAUAUCCUGCCCACGUAUGAAAUGGCUGUGAAGAUGCCGGAAAAGGACCCGCCCCCUCCUUAUAUCCCUGCCUGAUGAAGGGAGAAGAUUUGUUAAUAAACACUACACCAGCUUUGGGCCUGUUUGUAUCGGAACCACCCUGCAGCAGCCUGUACACACUAAGUCAUUUUCUAAUUGCUUGAACCUGUUAUUUUAAGAGUAUUAUGGGAUGUUUUGGGAGGGGCCGGGGAGGGGCAUUCGUUUGUAGAGCAGACUUUGUUUUGUUGGGGUGAAAGUGUAUUGAUUCCAUUGAAAGCUCUGGAAGACAAUCCGGGAGAGGCCAGACCCCCACUGGGGAGGGGGGUCUCUGGGCAGUGUCCACACCUCCUGUCCUCCCUCUGGGGUCGGCCUGGGUGUCACCUGUCCCGAGACAUUUCCGAGGAGGCAGGGGAAGCCGCUGGGCCUGGUUGGAGGCCCCCAAAGUGCCCACAGCCAUGCCAGGGAUGGUAAUUUGUACGUACCUCUCUCGUGCUCUCUGACAGAUGCAUUAAUAAACCUUUUCAAAAAAUG